UUAGCAGUCACACUAAAAGUUGUUACACAAAAUAAAUAGUAUUUUUAACACAAAAUGAGCCUCGAACAACAGCCAAUUAUAGACCCGCACAAUCCCCAUGGACUUGGUGAUCCCAACGAUACGAGGUUGCGCAAGGUUGAGCGGGAAGUACUGAUACCCAAGAUAAUGCGGGAUCGUGCCAAAGCGGAAUUCUGCUCGAAGGAAGUGGCCGAUUUCCAGGAGUGCUGCAAGGCCAGCAGCAUACUAAUGGUGGCCACCUGCCGCAAGCAGAACUCGGCGCUCAAGGAGUGCCUCACCCAGUGGUACCAGAACGAGGCCUUCAAGGAGGAGUGCAAGCAGAUAUAUCUCCAGGAGCGGGCCGACUAUCGCAGCACCGGCAUACCCAAGAAGCACCGGCUGGAGAAGUUAUAGAAUAUAUGUAGUAGUUCCCUAUUGUUGUUUGCUUUGUACAAAAGUUAAGUAAUUGAAACGCCGCACAAUUGUCUCUGUCA